AACCAAGACUAGAGGGUUCCAUGAUGAUUUCCACAGGACUGAGCAUGCGCAGUCUGGUGGUGGCCUCUCUGUCGGGCCUGCCUGUGUUGUUGUUGCCGUAGUAACCGUCGCCAUGGCCACCGCAGCCCAGGCCUGAGGCCUAGUCACCACCAAGGAAGCGCUAGGCCUCUGCUCAUCCCAGUCAUGUCGUACUCCACCAGCCCGAGGAGGACGGGGCUUCCCCGGACGGUCUUGCGGUGGCUCCAGAGCCUCGACCUGACCUUCUCGCCUCGACAUUUCCGCAGGGAUUUUUCAAAUGGCUACCUCAUUGCUGAAAUAUUCUCUUGGUAUUAUCCUGAAGACAUUAAUAUGAAUUGCUUUGAAAAUGGGACCUCCUUACCUUCCAAACUCCGCAACUGGGCACAACUUGGGAUGUUCUUUGCAAAAAGAAACCUGAAGCCCAUCCGAGAGCUAAUUGACGGAACAAUUCAUUGUAAACCAGGAGCUGCAGAAAUAUUUGUACAGGACAUUUAUACAAUGCUGACAAACAGGCGGAUCAAACAUAUCCAGGAUGAAGAGGUUGACUUUACAGACAGACUUUAUCAGGAUAAGUUACCAAUGGUUGCUAGAUCAACUGCUUCAAGGGCUAUUAAAUCCAACAUUAAGCUAACAGAAAUAAUGGUGGAACCCAAUGAAAACAAAAACAUACAGAAAAUCAAUGCCAUCAUCAAUAUGCAUAUGCAGCGAAGGCAGCAAGAAAGGGAACAAGAUCCAGCACGUUUUGGUAUUAAACCAACACUGGGGCAACGUGCCGUUCGUCGUCCUUCUGUUGUGGCACCUUCCUUGAGUAUGACUAUCCUUCCAAAGGAGAAACCUGUUCUUGCACCAAGUGCUUCCACAGAAAUCAGAGGCAAAAUGGGUGUUCACUUUAAAGCCAUCCAAGUGAAGCAAGCGGAAAGACACCCUUUUGAUGCACAUACAAAUGCUGAUUCUACAAGCGCACAUUUUAAAGGACUGUGACUAGAAAAGGGGAUCUUUGCUUAUUUUUAACUCAACAGAAAACUCAUGAACAUGUUUCUUUACUAUAUUGGAAACAUGGGAUUUAUGAAGAAAGCAUUAACAGUGAAAUAGAAUACAGAAUAAGAAUUUAGGUAAUCUGUGCUUUUCUUACUUCCUUUUCUUACAAGAAUCUUAUUCACUCUACAUCUUCUAAUAUAGAAAGAAGGAAACAUCUAAACUUCAGCGUGUGUCUAGCCUUGUACUUUUGGUUGAUGUUCUAAUAAAACUGAUUAUUGGGAUAA